GUGAGCUGUGAUUGGUCACAGCUUGUCACAUGGUACAAGGCUGUUGUGAAUAGCCUUGUACCAUGUGACUUCUGUGAUCAUUCACAGAUUUCACACGUAGUAAGCAAUGAUGUCACAAGUGAUAUCUUGCUUACUACUCUGCAUGUGAUCACUGAUUGGCCAAUCAGUGAUCACAUGAUCGGGACCUCGUACAGAGGUCCCCUCCGACGAUCGUGUUUCACUGUGUCUGUAGGACACAGCGGGCACCGGAUCGCGGUGCUGCUCACUCCCAGGGAGCGCGCACAACUAGAAAUAGCGGGUGCCGUUUAU